AUGGUCUAUAGCCCGGUCCAGUCCCCAGCCAGGCUAAUGGCACAUCGCAGGCAUCAAAGAAAAAACUACACUGGAAAGUACGUAUUGACACUCUUCUACCUGGUCGAUAAAACUAGAGAAUUCCAAGCAGUGCACAUGGUUUUUGGUGUGAGCAAUGUAACAAAAAUGGUCAUGAAUCUCAAGGAAGAAGAUCGAAAACAAGUUGGAGAUUCACUCGUUUGGAAGCCUUUUGCUGGCAAAAGGAUCCGGUGCUCGGUCCCUACGGAGAAUAGAAAAGAAUUUUUAAAGCUGAUACUAGCAAAUUCAUCAACUCCAAAAUCAAUAUAG